CAAAGGUUGCCAUUACGAUAACAUGACAAAAGAAACUUCUAUUUUAGCUCACAACUCUAUCUUCCAAAAAAAAAUCACUAGUGCUUCAAUUUAUCCCACUCACUUUAACAUGACAAAAGAAACUUCUAUUUAAGCUCACACUCUAUCUUCUAAAACAAACCACUACUGCUUCAAUUUAUCCCCACUCGCUCCAGUUAUUCUAAUGGGUUUACAAAGAGUUCACGAGGUCAAAUUUGCGUUCAUAUUUGUGAUCUUAAGUGUGGUAACAGUUUCUCGUAUGACACUUGGUGCAGAUGACAAAGAUAAAGAAGAAUGCACGGAGCAGUUGGUGGGACUAGCGACGUGUUUGCCAUAUGUUGGUGGCAAUGCAAAAUCUCCGACACCGGAUUGUUGUAAUGGUUUGAAAAAAGUUUUGAACACCAACAAGAAGUGCUUGUGUGUUGUGAUAAAAGAUAGAAACGAUCCGGAUUUAGGGCUCACUAUAAAUGUCACGCUUGCAUUAGGCCUCCCUACAGUGUGUCAAGCACCAGCUAAUGUUACAAAAUGUCCGGAACUUCUCCAUUUGUCUCCAAAUUCGACGGAUGCUCAGGUUUUUCUUCAAUAUGGCCACUCUACUGCUGGUGCUCCUGCCAAUAGCCCUGUCCCAAGUGCAGCUAGUGCUAACGUGACAAGUGGAACGAGUACUAAACGACCAAGUGGCAACGUGAGUGGCGCCGAAAGGACAUGGUUAAAAUGGGAAGUCAUUCUUAUGGGAGUCAUGUCGUGCAUUUUGACUUUAACUAUCGUUAUCUAGAUUUCAAAUGGUCCCAUAUUUGUGUAUUUUGUAGAGUGGUGUAUUGGUUUUUUAACUUAUUGUAUGUCCAAGCAUCAUCUUUUUUCCCUUUUCCAAUUUAAAUAAAGUUUAACAUACACAUUAUUGUA